UAAAAUUAAUUUUGUAUAUCACAGUUCGCCAUGGCUACUGCUGUAGACGCUAAGAAAGGGGGCUUGAAGGACAACUAUAACAGCUGUCAUCAGCAUAAGCAAUCCAAUGCCUCCAAGGAACUGAACAAACAGAUCUUACGAGCAUUCUUGCAUGACCCAAAACACAAAUCUUUCGACAAAGGCCACAAAGGUGAAAGGUUUCGAUGCAAGGAUGAAAAAGACGUGAAUGAGUUCGUGAAAGAAUUUGAGAUUGACGACAUCCCUCACUUCAGUGUUUUCCAGGAGGAUCAUGUCGGAGAGGCCCAUGAAAUCGCUGUCCAGAUGUCCAGACAACCCAUCGAGCAGGUGAUUGAUGCCUUUGCCUAUCUGAGGACAUGCUACCCGAGCAGUCCUUACAUCGAACAUCUCAGCAGAGUGACAUUCAUGGAGCACCCCAGAACCCGUGAAUGUCUCCUCCCUCCUCCAGAGCAGACCAUGCCUUAUUCAUACUUCAGAGAGAACAGCAUGAUGUGGGGUCUGACUAAGAAAGGAGAGGAUGCCAUGGUAGUUAUGGGAACCAACAAAAAACAUCACAGGAAAAUGAACAUCUUACCAACCAAUGCCAAGUUUGACAAAGAAAGGUGUCUUUCUUGGUGGAGAGAGGACCUUGGUCUCUUGAACCACUUUUACAACUGGCAUUUGUCUUACCCAUACCCACCAAACCCUCCUAGGGAUCGCCAAGGCGAGCUGUUUGCAUACAUGCACCAACAGAUGCUUGCUAGGUACGACUUUGAGAGGCUUUCAAGAGGCUUGCCACGUGUUGUGCCCUACGGUCCUGGAUAUGGGUGGAAUAAACCCCUUAAGGAAGGAUUCAACCCAAAAUUGAAAUUCUCCUCUGCUAGACCAGCCAACUUGAGUUUAGGGUCUGAGAAUUACUCCUUCGCAAAAACGUCUACUGAAGAGCUAGAGAAGUUCAAAGAUAGGAUCCAAUUUGCCAUCGCACGAGGAUUCCUGUACGACAAGAACGAGGUUAAGGUAAAGAUGACCAUGAACAACCUUGGAAACACCAUAUUGGCUAACGAAGGUUCUAUCAACAAGACCCUCUACGGCAAUGUCCACAACCACGGACAUCUGAUAAUUGCGAAUGCAAAUGAUCCCUCAGGAAUGUACAACAUGGCUCCCGGACCAAUGCACGAGGACCAGACUUCUCCCAGAGAUCCCGUGUUCUACAGAUGGCACAAGUUCAUUGAUCAACUCUUUGAAGAGCACAGAUUUACUAUGGAUCCCCAUAAAGCAAAGGAUUUGCAGUUCUCAGGUGUAGAACUUGAAAAUCUGAAUGUAAAAUUAGAGCCAGAAGAUUACCACAAGAAGAAGGUUGAUAAGCCACUCGACACAAAGAACCACUUCUACACGUACAGGGAGGGAAAGAAAUAUGAUGUUUAUAACACAAACAAAGAUCAGGAGGCCAUUAAAGUGAAGACACAGUCCAUGGACCAUAUCCCAUACAGCUUUAACAUGAAAGCAAAGAACAAGAACAGGGGAGAUGUCAUGGUGUGCUUCAGGGUGUUCCUUGUUCCAGAAACUGAUGAACCCCUAGAUGACUGGAGAAACAUGUUCGUGGAACUAGACAAGUUCGUGGAGUCCUUCAAGGGAGGGGAAACUAAGGAGAUUAACCGAAGUGACAAAGACUCCUCUGUUAUUGCAGCUCGACGAGCAAAGUUCGAGGACAUCAAGGAUGGCAAGUCAAACAGUGCCACCCAGAACAACUGUGGCUGUGGAUGGCCACUUAACCUUCUCAUUCCUCGUGGAACCAAACAGGGCAUGAGAGGGCAAAUUUUCGUUCUUGCUUCUGACUGGAUGCAAGAUGGUGAGAACCCACAAGAACACCUUCAUGGAAGCUGGUCAUACUGCGGCCUGAAAGACAGGAAAUCAAAAUACCCCGACCAAAGGCCAAUGGGUUACCCAUUCGACAGGCUUAUCGUCGACAAGAAAGGCAAGCCAAUGAGGGAUCUUGAAACUCUUGUAGAUAAUAUGGAUAACAGCUGCAAGACAGAUGUCAACAUUACCUUCCUAGGAGCGUGGGACGAUGAGAAUAAGAAACAGAAGGACGACAAGAAAGAAAAGAAUGACGACAAGAAAGAGAAGAAGGAUGAAAAGAAGGAAUAGAAACCAACAAUGAACACGUAGAAAAACAUGUAGAGACAUAAUUUGAAAUUUCAGAAGAGAACAGUAUGAAUAUCGGUCAAUGUUCACUGUUCGACCUUUUUUAGAUGAACUUUUUCCAAAAUCUGAAUGCACGGAUUUUUCAACAAUUUAAUCAUUAAACUUAUGGCCAUGUUGUGAAGUAUUUGUGCGAUUUAGAAUAAAUCAAAUAAGAGAUAUAAUAUGUCAGUUAAGAAUACGAAUGUACACAUUUAAAUUUCCACGUAUUUUGCAUUAUGAUUUGUAUAUUUAAUUUACGAAUGAAGUUUGGGCAAAAUUUGAAUCGCCUAUUUUGUGCAGAACCCGGGUUCUGGCCAUCUAUAUAUUUAGAUUUCACCUUGUCAUUGAAUAUAUAAUUGUAAUUUUCUUUGAUAUAAUGAUUAUAAUGG